GGUCUACGGUAAGCUUCAUUUGAUUUAUGGUUUACAAUGUGUAAUAUUUUUAUUUUUUGACAAAUAUAUUGACUGGUUUUGUGAUAUUCACAGAGAAAGUUUUUGCUUGUUUAUUUAAGAGGAGUCUUGUAAUUUGCAAAUGGCUUUCAUUUGGGGAAUGUGUUAUAUAUUAGAUAACUUUUUCUUUCUUUCUUUUAAGAAUUAGUUACUUCACAAAGCCAAAUGGGUGCUUCCUCUUUCAUAGCUUAUAAAUAGAUGAAGAUAUGAACUUAGAAAGGAAACUCUCUGUUUUUAGAAAGGGGAUUCGGCUCUUGCAGAUCACUUGAGUUUGAUCCAAAAUGUCAAGUUUAUCAUGACCUGGCCCCAGCAAGAGUAAUAAUUUCUGUGUGAGAUAACACUUCAUUGAUCUCCGAAAGUACUUUUAUAUACCCAUUUUUGCUUUGAUGCCUUCUGUUUUGGGUUCAAAUCUAAACACAUGAACUUUAUUGCUUUUUGAUUGAGUUUUGGCCCAGCAGGGGGUGUGAUUUGCCUGUCGGAGGAUGCACACUUUUGCUGUGGGGUGUGGGUGUUGAGAGAAAGAGAAGGCAGUGAAAAAAGAAAAAACGGAGAGUAAAAUUGCUGCAGUCAUGGACUUGCGCUCAGAACUGCUCAAGUCCAUUUGGUACGCUUUCACCGCUCUAGAUGUGGAGAAGAGUGGAAAGGUGUCCAAGUCUCAACUCAAGGUCUUGUCUCAUAAUCUUUACACAGUUCUGUGUAUCCCACACGACCCAGCGGCUCUCGAGGAACACUUCAGAGAUGAUGACGAUGGUCCAGUGUCCAGUCAGGGAUACAUGCCCUACCUCAACAAAUACAUCCUGGACAAGGUGGUGGAAGGCACGUUCAUCAAAGAGAAUGUGGACGAGCUCUGCUGGACUCUUACUGCCAAGAAGAACUAUCGACCAGAGGGAAAGUGUGUUUUACCUGGAAAAGACGCCUUCCGGCUCUGGUGUCUGUUCAUAUUUCUCUCGGAGGACAGAUAUCCUCUGGUCAUGGUCCCUGAUGAGGUUGAAUAUUUACUGAAGAAGUUGUGCAUGGCUAUGAGCGUUGAGCUGAACUGUGUUGAACUGGAAGACUUUAUUUCCCAAGAUUCUGUUCAGCAGAACGGCUUCAUUGUAUGGGCCUUUCUGGAGAUGAUGAAUUCUGGGAAACUAACGAGGGGCAUUGCCAAAGAAACCAUCAGUAUGGCCAUAGAGGAGGUGUACCGGGAAAUAGUGGGUGAUGUGUUGAAAGAGGGAUAUCUGUGGAAGAAAGGUCAGUUGAGAAGAAACUGGAUUGAACGUUGGUUCACCCUCCAACCCAGCACUUUAAUUUACUUCACUAGCGAGGACCGCAAAGACCGCAAAGGCAACAUUCAGCUCGAUGGAAACUGCUGUGUAGAGGUUCUUCCUGACAGAGAUGGGAAGAGGUGUAUGUUCUGUCUGAAGACGCUCAGCAAGACCUAUGAACUCAGUGCAUCUGACACCAAACAGAGGCAGGAGUGGACUACAGCAAUCCAAACAGCCAUCCGGCUGCAAGUGGAGGGUAAAACUUCUCUUCAUAAGGACCUAAAGCAGAAACGGCGUGAGCAGCGGGAACAGAGAGAGAAGAGGAGGGAGGCGAAGGAGCAGGAGCUGCAGCGCUUACGGGCCCUGCAGGAGGAGCGCGAGAGGAAGAUGGCAGAGCUGGAGCUGCUGAAGGAGGCGCAGAGGCAGGCGCAGGCGCUGCUGGAGCAGGACGAACUCCGCAGACGACAGCAACACGAACAACUCCAGCAGGCCCUGGAGAUCCAACUCAAAGAGGCUGAAGAGGCGCGGGCGAGCAUGCAGGCUGAGAUGGCGCUGAAGGAGGCUGAGGCUGAGAGACAGAGAAAACGAAUCAAAGAACUGGAGGCCAUGCAGCAGCGGCUGGAGGAGGCGUUACAACAGGAAAUCAAAGCCAGGCAGGACGAAGAGGCCUUCCGCUACGCACAGGCUCGACUACUGGCUGAGGAAGAGGAGAAGAUGAAGGCCCUUAUGUCUCUCCGUGAGGAGCAGGAGGAAUAUAUCCAGCGUGCCCAGCGGGAGAAACAAGAGCUCAAACAGGAAAUGGAAAGUAAGUCUCGAUCUCUGGAGGAGGCACAGAUGCAGCUGGAGGAGGUCAGAGCCAAUCGCCACCGAGUGGACCAGGAUGUGGUGGCUGCUCAAAGGAAGCUUCGUCAGGCCAGCACCAAUGUUAAACACUGGAAUGUUCAGAUGAACAGAUUAAUGCAUCCAAUUGGACCAGGAGGUACGCACAUUACCUUAGGGUUAGAAAAGCGGCCCUCAGGAAGCGGAUCUUUUUCCAGCUUUCGCGUCCCUUCGCAGAAGGAUUCAGGACUACGUUUGAGGCAGAAAUCAGAUGAGCAGGAUGAGGAAAGCAAAGAAAACGUGGAAAGCAGAGGAGGGUGUGAAUCUGACAAGCGUUUGUCUACAAAUGGAGAUAUGGAAAUACCUUAACCUCAUAAGAAGAAAUAAAAUCUCUCUUCCUCAAAGUCAAGACUGAUUUGAAUGAAGGAAGGUUAUUUUUGCUAGAUGCCAAGACCUCAUGCCGUUGAAAAAAAGGAUACUUUUUAAUAUUGUCAGUGUUUGUUAAUAGCUUGUUAUUAAAUAAUGUUUUGUACACUUCACACUGUUUGAAAAGUAUUGUACUGUAGUUGUAUUGUACUCCUAAGUUACUCAAAAACUUAUGUUGACUAAAUGUACAAUGAUUAAAUAUUCAUCAUUUUUUCAAGAUAUAUUAUAGUGGUGAAUUCAAAAA